AUGGACGAUCCAUCGGAUGACCUGCAGCGGUUGCAUCUUGUGGAAAGAGCCACUGGGCAGUUUGAAAGCGAAGGGCAAGCCACCCAAAGUGAGCCUGAAACGCGCCGAGCCGAGCAAGCAACCGAGGACGAAGAGCGCGCAGAGCCAGCAGCCGAAGUGCGCGCAGAGCCAGCAGCCGAAGUGCGCGCAGAGCCAGCAGCCGAAGCACACGAAGACGAGCUAGCAAUCGAAACUGCUCGGCUGAAAGCGCGCGAAGCCGAGCUCGAAACUGCGCGGCUGAACGCCGAAACUGCGCGGCUGUACGCCGCAGCGCGCGAAGCCGAGGCCGAAGAGCGCAAAGCCGAGCGCCUCGAAAAGAAACGGACGUUGUGCAGUGAAAAGAUCGCAAUUUUGGAAAACAUCUUUUGCGGCCUCACUACGACCCACACCAUGGCCCUGCGAAAGAAGAUGAUGGCAUUCAAUGAUGAUCAAUUUCAUAACUUUGUCGUCUGUCUUAUCAACAACGAAACCUCACCCCAGACGAUGAAGAAACAUUUUCCCUUGAAAGGCUUUACGUGGCAAACAAGAGAAUCAGUUGCUAACGCGAUGCCCUCAGUAGCGCCCUCAUCUACCCCGACUCUGACCGAUGCAUAUGAAAAGCUCGGUUGCAUCGUCGCAGAGCUUCCCUGCAGUCACCACUACUACGCAGCGAAAAUCGUCAAGCACAUCGAUGAGCUUUGCGCGGAUGACAAGCGGACGAUCGACAAGAAGUUGAUCGAAGACCUCAAGUGGGCGGUCGAUGUUGAGCGACAUUCCCGAUUGCCUCAGCUCCAGCAGGAGAGCGACAUUUCUUCCCGAUUGACUAUCGUGCUGCAGCACCACUUUGGCCUGGACUUUGUCCAUCAAUAUUCGAUUGGCGACAAGAACACCCAUGUCGAUUGGGCGGGCUUUGACCAGAACCACCACGUUGUUGUCAUGGGCGAGUGCAAAAAGGACAAGCAGCCUUUCCAUCAAUAUGGAGGACAGGUUGCCAAUGAACUCGAGCGACUGGGAGCCAUUGCUACACGGUAUGAGAGCGACAGCGAGUCCAAUGGACUGGAUGGCCGGAAGUCCACAGAGUGGCCCAUUGUCAACAUCAACGUGGUGGGAGACCAUGACCUCUGCGAGAAAGAUUUGCAAUUGCACAAAUCGUUUGGUCCCAGCGUGCAGGUCUACAGCGACGAGAAGCAACUCAAGGUGUUGUACAAGCACUUUGACUACUGGGGUCGCUUGCCAGGCCUCUGCAGUGCUUUGAGCAAUGGCUUACGUGCCGCAGAUUGCCGCCACCCGCCCGACGGCCGAAUCCUGGAAAAGCUCGCUCAACUGGAUGUGACGGGCUCCUUCUAUCAGGAGUGGAAGGUGACGAAGCUUGCAACUGCCGUGCAUGUGCUCAGCUACCCUUACGUGGAGCUGGCGCCCCCCAGCAAGCUCGAGCAACUGGCCCAGGUCAUCCGCCAAUUGGAGGCCAUACACAGCGUUGGCUUUGUGCACGGCGACAUUCUCCCUCGCAACAUUCUUUUUUGCAGUGCCUGGGAGGGGCAUCCAGCGGCCUUUCUCAUUGAUUUUGAUCUCGGCCGGUUUCUCGACGACAACCCUGUCUAUGUCUGCAAUUUUGCCGUGGAGGCGGGGGCGCUGAAGCCGUAUCGUCACAAGGGUGCAGUGCCAAGUUCGAGGAUGUACAAGAAGCACGAUGGUUUUGCUUUGGCACGUGUCAUGGAGGGCUUUUUAGAGGAUGACGACUCUCGUCAGAAGCUGGUGGCUGCGCUGGAGGAGCUUAGCUUGGCUGACGCUGCCGAUCUGUGUAUGAAGUGCAAGCUUUUGUCUGAGUUUAAGAUUUCUGUGCCGGGCAAGGCGACCGGAAGUCCUCGUAAGUGAGCCAACUCAAGGGUGUGUUUGCCGAUCUUGACCCAAUUUCUGUCCACGUUUUUCUGUUAAAGCCGUGUUAUCAUGUUUUGACUGCGCGUUGUAUUGAAAGCUGACUGCAUGAAUGAAAGCCAUACUUCUUCACUCCCAAGAGGCAGCCUACCAAAUUG